GCCACUUAAUCGAUAGUCCACGUGUGGCACCCCUCGAGGCUGGACAUUGCCGUAUAGGUUGUAUUUUUGUUUAAUAAUUUUUUUAUUAAUUUUCUCCGAACGGAAACUGGGUGAAAAUGGCGAAAUUCGACUUGACGUACGUCCUGGCUCCUUAUUUGGACAAGCAUCUCGUUUUCCCUUUGCUGGAGUUCCUGUCGGCGAAAGGGAUUUAUAAUAAGCAAGAUAUUCUACACGCAAAGAAGGAUAUAAUAAACAGUACAUUUAUGGUCGACUACUCGCUCGACAUCCUCAAGGGCGAUCCAAACCCCGACAAAGAACUUCUCGAACAAUUGGGAAAUAGGAGGAAGGAAGUUCUUGCUGAACUGGAGGCUGUCAGGGAGGCAGCAAAGCCCAUUACUUCUGUAAUCGAAGAUGACAAUUUAAUAAUAUACAUCACGGGGCAUAGAGACUCUAAAAAGUUGCUUACCUAUCUAACUGAGAUGAAUAACUUUCAAUUUGAUAAAAUGGACACAUUAAUAAGGCUUAGCAAAUGCUUAUACGAAUGCGGAAGUUAUUCAAAAGCAGGGAUUUAUCUUUACUUCUACCUUCUCGUUAUGCCCUCGACGGAUAAGAAUUACCUCACAGUGCUCUGGGGGAAGUUGGCUUCUGAGAUAUUGACCCAGUGCUGGGAGGCAGCUUUGGAAGAUUUAAACAAACUCAAAGAGUUUAUCGAUAGUAAUUCUUUCUCGACAUCGCUCCAGAGCCUUCAGCAAAGAACGUGGCUCAUACACUGGAGCCUUUUCAUUUACUUCAAUCACGACCAAGGACGUGAUCUUAUUAUUGACAUGUUUCUCUAUAGGCCUAAUUAUUUAAAUGCUAUACAGACGAUGUGUCCGCACAUUCUGCGCUAUCUAUCUGCUGCCAUUAUUGUCAACAGGGCAAGAAGAAAUUGCUUGAGAGAUUUAGUUAAAGUUAUUCAACAGGAAUCAUACACGUAUCGAGAUCCAAUCACCGAAUUUCUCGAACACCUGUAUGUCAAUUUCGAUUUUGAAUCUGCCAGACAGAAGCUGCACGAGUGCCAGGAGGUUGUGUACAACGAUUUCUUUCUGGUCGGAAUUUUUGAAGACUUUGUCGAAAACGCACGUCUCAUGAUAUUUGAAACUUUCUGCCGUAUACACCAGUGCAUUAGCAUUUCCAUGCUCGCCGAAAAGUUGAACAUGAUUCCGGAGGACGCCGAGUGCUGGAUAGUCAAUUUAAUCAGAUCCGCGAGGCUCGACGCAAAAAUUGAUUCAAAGCUCGGCCAUGUCAUCAUGGGAACUCAACCGUUAUCGCCUUACCAACAACUUUUGGAAAAAGUCGAUACCCUUUGUGUCAAAACUGAAGCUAUAUUGUCUCUAAUAGAUAAAAAAGUGAAAGGAAAAGUUUUAGAUACACGUUGGGGUGGACAAGAUUUUAAUUAAAGAAAAAAUUCUUACAUUCUUUAACAUUGUACAUUCUUCUCAUAUAUUUUUCGUACAAUUAUUAAAAAAACAAAAACAAAAUA